AUGACCACUCUAGCUGACUGCAAAACAAGUCAAUGUCUGCUCAAAUCCAUUCUUGACUCAGACGAUAACAAAGAUCUUGCCUCUGGGAGCAAGUCUCUCUACUGUCGCCUCAAAAAUUUCCUCAGUGAACCUGAUGAGAGUCUGGAUCCAUCGCCGCUUGUCAACUCUUUGCUCUCUGAGCUCGUGAGUUACCUACAGGGUUCGGGAAAUCACCCGGAACUGAGUCAAAACAGUCGCUUCGCAGCUGUUGAGGAUGCGAUUUGCACUCAAAUAGAUAAAAAUGAAAUGCUUUCUUCUCGGGCGAGCGCUAUCAGAUCGCUAGCCAUCCGAGCCGAAUCUCGCAUGGAGUUGUUCUGGGCCCGAGAAUUGUUGCAAGAGAAUUCGGUCCCGCACUCGAGCAUAUCGGCUAUCGACAAGGUUCGAAUGGGAUCCAGCGACUUUCCGUACACUGAAAACUACGUUAGCAUGGUCCAAAAGGAGGCAGCAGUGAUCUAUUCGUACGUGCGCCGUAAAAACGAUACGAAGUCGUCUGUUCUGCAGGACGGCGGGCUGAUCAGAAGACUUCAGAUCGCAUUUUGCGGAAGUGGUCCGCUCCCCUUGACUGGUAUUCUUCUAGCCGUCAUUAUGGAUGCGGACAUCACUCUGAUCGACUGCGACCCCGAAGCCGUCAGGGUAUCUCGGAAGCUCAUUCAGAACUGGGAACAGCGCCACAUCAUUACUCCGGGACAAAUCAAAGUGAUUUGUGCAGACGGGGGUCAAGUUCGAUUUCUCGGCAAUAACUGUAGCCAUGGAACGGGAGAAAUGUCACGGAAGAUGCCCUCUGUGAAGUGUGACGUUUUCUUUUUGGCAGCACUAGUUCCUAAUGCGACUAAAGAGGAAAUUGCGCAGAACGUUAGUGCAAUGCGGGAAGAUGGGCCCUUGGUGGUAUUGAGAACAGCGCACGGGCUGACGGCACGGCUUGCCUACUUUCGGAACCGACGACACAUCAUGACACGAUACCUUGACUUCAUCGGGCUGGUCGCACCGAAAACUCACGACUUGGGGGAUGGUACGAUUGUAGACGACGACGUGCGACCAAUCGCUUUCUUCUCACCUGAAAUUUUGAACUCGCUAGAGCUGUUUCAAUGGCAGGAAUCGAAAGUAUGAAGGUCACUUGCACCCGUCUCUCUUGUUUCGAUGUCAGGCAAUAUUAAUCAUUGAAGCAUGUUCUACGAAAACACGGCAGACUUAACACCAAUAAACUCAACACUACCAGCGUCAUCAUGAGCAAGAUAUGCUGAGUGAUUCACUUUUGGGGAA